GGCUUAAUUACUUACAAACAGUAAACGAGAAUGAUGCGUUUAUCGGUUUUGGCAAGUUCCUCUGCCAUGGGAGCUAUUUUUGCAAUAAUACUAGCGACCUGUCUGCGAGGCAUUUUGGGGUGUCAGUUACCCCACGACUGGAGACCACAGACUGAGUCGUGCAGAGCCGAACUUGCGGAGAUCAUAGUUUUCGCUAAGGUGCUCGGGCUCCACAAAGACUUCUACAGCCUAUACAACUACCUACCAUGGCAGUACGACACAAAGCUCUUCUAUUCUGCCGAAAUCGAGCUACUGUGCGACCAGGCGUGGGGUAGCAUGCUGGAGGUCCCUGCCGGCUCCAGGUUCAACGUCACCGGACUGGGUUACUUCCCCUGUUAUUCCUACAGUGUGAUGGAGGGCAAUGCCUAUUACUUUUUUCUGAGGAUGGAUGAGAACUACAACAUCAUCCCUCACGGCGUGAACUUUCAGGACCCCAUUUUCCCAGACACGCCAGAGAACCAUCGCAUGUUCGCCAGCCUCUUCCAGUUUGCCAACUGCACAGCUGAAACCCAGGUCCACACCUACACCCCAGAGUGGGAAGCUCAGGAGGACAGCCGGCUGCUGUGCUCAACAGUGCAGAAGGCCCUGUUUGAAGAGGAGGAACGGGUGAAGACCCUCUCCCAGAAGGUGCGCUCCUUGGAAAAAGCCAACAGCCACCUGCGGGACAAGGUGAAAAGCAUGAAACGUCUGCUUAGGCAGGCCAAGCGUGAGACCAAGGAGAGGAACCCGCAUUUGAAACAGCUGCAUGAACCUGAGCCUGCCGAUGCUGGCCAGGGCCCCCACCCACAGCAGGACACCACCCAGGACCAGAGGAAGCCCCCAAAAAAGGUCCUCGACAAGAGGCCAAAGAGCUGACACUUUCUUGGGGAAAGUGGGGCAAAGGUC